CUGUAUUCAACAGUGUGAAAAAUACAAUUUAAUUUGCUUCAAAACAAGAGAGGGAGAGAGAGAGAGAUUCAGCAAUUGAAUUGAAGUGUAGAACCUAUGGACUCAGAUUCCCAACAUCAUCAAAAUACUGAUUCUACCUUUCUUUGGGAUGAGAAAUCGCAACUAUAUUAUCACGCCAGUAGUGGAUUUUACCACGACCCUAAUGCUGGCUGGUACUAUAGCAGCAGAGAUAGUGCUUAUUACAAAUUUGAGGAUGGGAAUUAUGUACUUUUAGAUUCCAAUAAGGAUGAUAGUACUGUAGAAUCAUAUGUGUGCAAGGAAACUACAACAGAAAAUCCUCCACAAAUAUAUGAUGGUAACAACAAUGAGGGUUGUCCUUCCUUCCUUGAAAGUAAAUUUGAAGCUAACCAACAGACAGGAACCCUGGCUGAUGAAGCAGCUGCGGAUGCCACAAAUUCCGUGAGUAGUCCAACUUGCGAAAACCCUCCCCCACCACCAUCAGAAUGGUUAGAGGACACACUUAUUGACCUUUACUUAUCUGGGUACAAGAACACAGCUGUUGGUGAAGCUGAUGCAGUGACAGUGCCAUUGGAAGUGGAUGAUAGAUAUAACUCGUUAGCAGCUGAUGUUUAUAGCAAAACUUAUGAAGUGGAAGGUGCGUGGAUGCCAGACCCAGUGGAUGAAAAUGGCUUAGCUGAUAAUAAAAGUACUGUAGAUGAAGGUAUGGCUUACAGCAACACUGAUGAACUGGAAGAAGGUGAGUGGGUUCCAGACAUGGAAGACGAAUAUGGCAUAGCUGAUAGAAGUACCAGUACCAUAGAUGAAGGUAUCUUGCUUGAUGAAGAGAAGUGGCGAGCUCAAUAUGGUCAAGUUACCGAAUCAGGGAAAGAUCUGGUUUCAGAGGUUCCAAUUUUGGACUUGUGGGACUGGGAAAUGGUUACUGGAUCCAAAAGAGAUGGAAAAGAUAAGGUGGCAAGGUUGGUUGGAAGACUGGUGAAACCAUCUGCAAAACAACAUCCAUCUAUCCCUUCUGGUGGAGGGAAAUUAAGAUCUGCUCCCAUCUGUGAAGCACAUCUGGAUCUGGUACGAGUUAAAACAGGACAAGUGUACAGAUUGCGAAAUCCUAGUGCAAAAUAUGUGGCUUCAUUAUCAACUUAUGAUUCUUCCAAUCCAACACAGCAUUGGGAUUUUCCCCGGUUAUCAUCAAGUAAAAAAAUCACUCAGCUCUCCAAAUCUGGUGAAAGCUCUGCUUCAGCUUCAGAUGAAAUCCCUAUGGAGGAAGAUUUGUCUGCGUUGCCUAGUCAGCUCUCUGCCUCUAAGCAAAUAAAAUAUCAAUACAGAGAUAGGGCAGCUGAAAGAAGAAUAUUGCAUGGUGGCUUCGGCAUGGGUCCAGGACAGAAGAAUGUUCCAGACAUUGAUAAUGGGCCAUCUUCACCUGUUGCUGGUUGUCCACAAGAAGCCGCAUCAGAGGCCUUGGAGAUGUCAUUUGGAGCAGGUAGUUAUGCCAGAAAACUUCUAAAAAGCAUGGGUUGGAAGGAGGGGGAAGGGCUUGGGAGUUCUACCAAGGGCUUGGUAGAACCUAUUCAACCAGUUGGAAACGUUGGCACUGCGGGAUUGGGAUGGACUCGUUGAACUGGCUAUCAUGCCAAUCCAUUCUACGACACUGUUGUAUAUCGUCAAUUUAGAUUUUAGAAAGCUUACGUUUUGAUUUUUUUUUUCCUAACUCCCUUGUGACCGGUUGUUAAUGCCAUGGAUAAAGUAUAAAAGAAAAUAGCACCAUCUGCGACUAAGAGGACUA